AUGGGGAUAAAGAUGCGCGAGAUGUUGGGACUGAUAUGUUUGGCCAUGAUGAUAAGGGUGACAGUGAGCUGCAUUCCUUCUGGUAAGUUUUCGUAUGUUUGAUAUAGGUUUUGUAGGUAUAGAAGGAGGUUUACCAACUAUAUAUCUGAGUUUACCAAAAGUUUGUUAAGAUAUAGCUCGGUGAACUUACGUUAUAUUACUUUAACCUUUGUUUCUAAACUUUUUUUUAUAAAAAAACAUACUGUGACGUCUCUACCACAAAAAAUAUACUGUAAUUGCACGUUUAUUGCAAAAAGCAUACUGUAGUUUCUCAUUUUGCAUAGGAUUUUGUCAUCUUGUAAUAAAUACGCUUUAACCCUUCAGGAGUAGGUUGUGGUUGCCCAUCAUGUCCUCCAUGCCCACCUCCUCCAGUGACAUGUCAAUGUGGUGGCAGUGCGCCAAGUUGUAGCCCUUGCUCUAGCUACAGCAAUGAUGGUAUGUUUUGUAAUUGUAAUUUUGUUUGAUUUUUUGUUUUAAAUGUUCAAAAUGACACUUUUUAUGUAAUUAGACGUUAUGUCAAUUUCUAUAUAGAAAGAUAACGAAAUGUCAACUUUUCCAAUAACAAAUCAACGAAGUGUCACUUUUUCAUUUCAUUAAACAUUUUCAGCCUACCAACAAUCACUUCCUCAGCCGUCGUAUAUAAACUCGCCAGUAUCAUUGACCAACAAUCCUUCUGUUGGCCUGCCAGCAUAUCCACCCCCACCAUCGGUACACCCAAAUGAACCUCAAUAUCAACAAUCAACUGAUAACAACCAGAGUCCGUCAAUUGGAUCAGCAUACGUUGCUGCUGUGUCUGACAAUGGCAAUUAUCCUAGCGGCAACAACAACUACCCGCAGAUACCACCAUCGCCUCAGGUGUUUGGAAGUGGAGAUACUAGGUAGGUUGGUUUGUUUAUGAUGGUGGCUAUUAUUUAAGUAUACAUAUAGUUACAUAUCGGUAUUGUGUUUUUUUUGCUUAUCAUACUAAAUUAAGCUUUUACAGUUCGUAUAACCGAGGCUACAACGUGGUAACCUAUCAGAUCAACAACAACGGCGAAGCUACGUUGGAACAAGCAGUAAGGUACUACAACAAAGAGUCUAGUGAACAUAUCCAGUUACCUCCACGCGACCCACCAGCUUCAGAGUACAGUAAUCCACAAGACUAUGCUUAUCAGAAUACCAUAACUUCUGAUGUCAACAUGAACAACAAGUACAACGAAGAUACGAACCGACAUUACAAUGAAGAUACCAAGAGCACACAAACCAAUUCUACGAUUAGCUACACAGGCUACACUGCUCCACUAACAGGAGCAUAUACCGGAUACACUGCCCAGCCAACAGUCCCAACUACUAUAACAUACGAUGGUAACAAUACAGAAGCCAAAGCAUAUGGAUCGGGUACUCACGUAGCUGUGCAGCCAUUGUUGCUACUGAACGGGUAUCACAUGUACGAAGGAGAAGUGUGUGCUGGAGUCACGAUGGGACGGUCGGUGGAAGAGAACGCUGACAUUGUGGCUGAGAAGUGUGCUUCUAUCAACUGUGCCGCUGCCAAUCUGAGGCCACUACUGGAUGGAAGAUACGAAGUCAUUUACUUGAAGACUGUCGAUUUGAGGAAGGCUUCGAGAAGCUACGAUUGUGUCAGUAGUAAGUUAUUCAUUAUCAAGAUAAAAUGUCAUACUGAAACUUGGUUACCAAAAUUUACCCUUUCAUAACUUCUAAGCUUGUCUAUGUUAAUAUAUGAUUAACUUGUAUAGUCAAGUAGUUAAAAAAAACGAUUCAAAACGUAAUGAAGAUAUUGUAGAUCGAGAUGUGACGGUAUUCGAGAAAAGCUUGAAGGAGAAGCGAGAGUUGGAGCGAGAACUUCAUCGUCGCAACCGUCUAAAUCGUAUUAAUGGUGCUGCUGGACUGAGAGCACGUCCAACGACUGUAGAACCAAAAGGUCGAUAUUAA